UUACUUUUAUAGAAACGGGAUUUAUAACAAAUAUAACCAAGAUACAUGACUGAUAUAUACAGUAAAGUUUGAAAUAUUUAUAUCUUACGUGAUAAUAUGGUUACUUUUGUAUAUUGUUUAUAGUGAUGUAAGAUCAAUAGUGACCUGAACAUAUGAAACACAUUUAUAAAAUGGAUCUCUUGUAUACAAUUGUUCUGCUUGCAACCUUGAUGGAGUCCCAGAUCCGCCAGGUUGAAGCGCAAACACAAUGUGCAGAACAGAGGUUUUGCAGCGAAUGUAUUACUGCGCACAACGAGUGCGCAUGGUGUAACGAUGUGGAGUUUACGGAUACUCGAUGUGCGAUGAACACCAGUAUGCUGACUUCGAAGGGUUGUCAAGAGAUAAAGUCACCUACUAUCAACGAAACUAAAACGCAGGAGCUGGACCAAGAAAAAUGUUCCCAAGGUAACGGGACCUACGAAUGCGGGGUUUGUAAGUGUAGACCGGGACGAAGCGGCGAGUUCUGUCAAUGUGAUAAUAAGGAAGGGGAUACUGUGCAGCAAGAGGCGAAAUGUAGAAAGGACAAUGGUACAAAAGUUUGCGAGGACCAAGGUACAUGUAAAUGUGGCCAGUGUGUGUGCCUGAGGAACUACUUAGGUCCGUAUUGUGAAUGUAACAACAACAUGUGCAUCAAGCCAGGAAGCACGGAGAAAUGCAGCAAUCAUGGGCAAUGUAAUUGCGGAAGAUGUCUAUGUAAGGACGAUUAUGAUGGUCAACACUGUGAAUGCCCUCCGAAACGCAAUUGUAAACAUCCGGAAACAGGGAUGGAGUGUAAUGGCCAUGGAACGUGUAAGUGCGGAAAGUGUGAAUGCGAACCCGACUAUGAGGGACCAACGUGCGGAGAGUGUCCUAAAUGUGAAAGGUGUAGCAAAUGCCGGUACAGAGAAUGUGUCAAGUGCAUCGUAGAAAAUGAAAAGCAGACAGCCAUGAUCAACGAGACAGCUAUUCCGCUCGCGUGUCAGUUAAGCUGCCCGAAUCUUCUAGUCACAAUGGUCAACAAAUUCAAUGAUCCCGAUCCCUGUGGCUUCAUUGUGUCGAAGAAAUGUAUAAUCAACUACUUAGUGGAGUGUUCAAACGAUACUGUCCGGCUCAACAUCGCCAACAAGAGAGGUAAGUGA